AUGCCGGCAUCUUUACCAACACCAAGCAAGUUGCACCUGGGGUGUGGACUGGGCAAAUCAAUACCAAGAGUGUUUAACCAUGAUGAGACACUACAAUUCAUUAACUAUGGUGUUGAUGGUACACCAAAUGGGCUUGUUUUUGCCUGUCGUGGUGAGUCUUGUAAAUGAAUGAUAAACGAGAACCGUGAAUGUGUAACCAUUAACCCAGUGGUUUCUGUGUCAGGGUUUGUUUGCAUUUGCCAAGUUAUUUUUGGCACAACAGGCAUCGCAGAUCACAUGGCUCCAAAAAUAGUCGUUGAGAAGAUUGACAACUUAUUGAUUUCAAUAACAACUUAUUAAUUUCAAAAACAGUCUUUGAGAAGAUUGACAACUUAUUGAUGUCAGGACCAUACGUCACUACUGGCUUGCUACAAGUUGUUUGACAAGUAUCUUGAUAAAGAAAACCUUGAGCGACCUGUUGUUCUUACGAGUGAUGGUCAUUCCUCACGGUUUGAUUACGAAGUCUUGAAGUUCUGUCUUGAGAAAAAGAUCCGCCUGUUAUCUCUCCACCAGACACAACGGGGGUCACACAACUUUUAGAUCAAUGCAACAGGAACAUUCAUCUAGAGUAUAAAGUUGCAAAGGCCGGCCUUUUUACACCGACGAUGAAAGUUAAUAGAGAAGGGUUUAUGUUGUCAUUGGCUAACAUGUGGGAUAAAUGGGCAACGCCGACGCUCAUUAGAAAGGCUGCAAAGAGGGUUGGCAUUUCACCAGAAGGGCUAAAUAUCAAUGACAUGCAACAGGAUAAAUUGCUGCAAACCUUGUGGAGAAAGCUGCAAACCUUGUGGAGUGUGAAAGGUCAGAAAACACACUUACACCCUCGUCUUCAGACAACGCACCUUCUUCCACCACCACCACACCUGCAUCACCAAACCAUCUUCGAAAAGGGUCUGCCACAUACUGGAAGGCAAAGUUUAAGAUGGCUCAGCAAACCAUUCAUGAUUGCGACGAGAAAAGUAUACGGUUAGAGAAUAUUCCUGGUCUCUUGACGAUUCAGAAAAUCAAGCCGAAACAGGCAUCAAAAUCUACACGAGUCACACAAGUUCAUGGGUCGAUGGAAGGGAAGGAGCUCAUCAAAGUGGUCAAGAAAAUCAACGAGGAUAAGCAAAAAACGUUGCAGUUGAAGCAGGACAAGAUAAAAGCAAAGGAAAAAGAGAAAGAGGACUUCUACCGAUGCAAAAGAAAAUGUGUGUGCAAAGAACAUAAAUGUCCGGCUACAGACUUGAAGGAAUGCCCAUCAUGUCACUCUAUUUUACGCUCCAUUUGCAGCAAGGCCUGUUGCAAAAUAAAUGGCAAGAAACCAGAAAUGAUAUUACCAGCUGCUGCUGUGAACAAGAAAAAGUCAAAAUGA